AAGCGGCCUUGGGCAGGGUUGCAGCCUUGUCCCGGGAUGGAGGGUGCCGGUGAAAAGGAGUGAGGAGGCUGGGGAGGCAGGCCGUGAGGUCCUCGUGGAGGCCUGCAGCCUGCUGGCAGUGGAGGACCUGGCCACCCAGGAAAAAAGGGGGUCAGGUCAGGCUGAACCUUAGAAGGCUCAGUCGACUUUUGGGGAGCUGUAGACGCUCCUUUGUAGUUCUGGGCUGGGGCCUGUUUGGAGCAGGCCUUUUGUGAGGAGAGUUAACCAAAACUCGGAGUUAGAGCCACAUGCCAGACACGCAAGCUCUCUAAGUUAGGGUUAGGGCGCCAGCACCUUUGGGCAGGUCUUACAAAAUGAGUGGGUAGGGGUCUUUUCCAUCCCCUAGCCGGAUUGGCGCGUUACACGCUUGUAGAUCCAAGGUUGGAUUGGGGAGGGGUCUCCAGGACGUUAGGUUUCUAUGCAAGGAUUGGGGGGAUUCACGUGCUUUGAGAUCUGAGCCAGGCGUUGGGUAGGGGGAGUCAGACAAUUGGAAAGCCUAGGUGGUUAUUUGGGGAGGGGUCUUUGCGCUUUGGCGGAGCGCAAAAUUGCGCUGCAAAAGCCUGAGGCUUUGUUUCCAGAGGUUUCUAUGCAAGAGUGGACCAGCUAGGCCAGAACAAAAGAAAGUGAAAAACCAGGACUAUAAGGGGGGCUGGGGGACCCUGAGAAGGGGGUUCACAAAGGGUGAGACAUGGCCACCAGGCGUUUAACCGACGCUUUCUUGUUGUUGCGGAAUAAUUCCAUCCAAAACCGGCAGCUGUUAGCCGAGCAAGUGAGUAGUCACACCACCUCCAGCCCUCUGCAUUCACGUAGCAUUGCUGCGGAGCUGGAUGAGCUUGCUGAUGACCGCAUGGCACUGGUGUCAGGCAUCAGCCUAGAUCCAGAAGCAGCAAUUGGCGUGACAAAGCGGUCACCUCCCAAGUGGGUGGAUGGAGUAGACGAAAUACAGUAUGACGUCGGCCGCAUUAAACAGAAGAUGAAGGAGUUAGCCAGCCUUCAUGAUAAGCAUUUGAACAGACCCACCCUGGAUGACAGCAGUGAGGAGGAACAUGCCAUCGAGAUCACCACCCAGGAGGUCACACAGCUCUUCCAUAGGUGCCAACGCGCUGUGCAGGCUCUGCCCAGCCGGGCACGCCGGGCCUGCUCGGAGCAGGAAGAGCGGUUGCUGCGGAACGUGGUGGCCUCCCUGGCUCAGGCCCUGCAGGAGCUGUCCACCAGCUUCCGGCAUGCACAGUCUGACUACCUGAAACGCAUGAAAAACCGAGAGGAAAGAUCACAGCAUUUCUUCGACACCCCAGGGCCACUAACGGAUGAUGGAGAUGACGCUACUCUCUAUGGUCAGGGUUUCACGGAUGACCAGCUGCUGCUGGUAGAGCAGAACACACUGAUGGUGGAGGAGAGGGAGCGGGAGAUCCGUCAGAUUGUACAGUCCAUUUCAGACCUCAAUGAAAUCUUCAGGGACUUGGGAGCCAUGAUUGUGGAGCAGGGUACAGUCCUUGAUAGAAUUGACUAUAAUGUUGAACAGUCCUGUGUCAAGACAGAAGAUGGCUUGAAACAGCUUCACAAGGCAGAGCAGUACCAGAAGAAGAACCGGAAGAUGCUGGUGAUCUUGAUACUGGUUGCCAUCAUCGUAGUCCUCACUGUGGUCCUCAUCGGUGUAAAGUCUCGCUAGUGGCACCAAGGUCUUGAGAGUGCUACUGCAUGGUUUAGUGGGGCUGGGCUUGACUGGUGGCCACCACUGUGCUGUCCAGAGAGUGCAGUCCACUGGCCCAGCAACGGACAGCGGACCUUCUGUGGACGCCUUCUAACUAGUGGACUGGCGUGCAGGCACAGCCAUGGUUCCCAUCGGUGUCCAGAGUCUAAGGACUUGAUGCUCUUGCAGAAGAGACUGGCCUGUGACCAGCUGUGGUGUGACUGCGUGUGUGCUUUAGUGAGGAGUGGGAGGUUUGCGGUGCUGCUGAGCUCUGUGGAGUGCGCAUGCUCAUUUUAGCACUCGUGUCUGAGCAGCAUGUUAAAGAAGUUUGGGAAAUUUUUUUUUUUUAACCAUCUGGUUUUUAAGAAGUUUGGUACCAAAAAUUUAUGAGUAUAGAGGCAGUGCCUCUCCAUCUUCCCAGCUGAAAACAAAGCAGAAGUCCUUCAAGGAUUUAUAAUCUGUUCCCAUUAACUUAAUUCAGCUUUCCAUCACUGUUAGCGAUCAGAGUAACAAAGUGUGAAAAAUAAGAAACCAUCAUCGAUGUUAAUUAACACAUUUAGAUGGGCCAGUUAAACCAGCUUCGUGUGUUGAAAUCAAUUGUAAAUAACAUGUUCCUCAUUCAGAAUUCUGCCCUGCAUUUUCUACUGUACACCAAGAGGGGUUGCUAAGCAAAACCUCCUGAUUCAGAGACUUGGUCGUUUGAACCUGCCUCACGUUGCAAGAAAGCUUGACAGUGUCACGAGCUCCAUUGAGCCAGUGUGUCCCCAGCCACCUUCCUCAGUCCAUUACUUACAUUCUAGCUACGUAAUGACCUGUCCAGCCCUGACUCCAUUUAAUGAACUGUGAAUUUACACAGAGGCCAUUUCAAAUGGUCACCCCAUUUAGGAUUAGUAGAUCUCAAAUUAUUAACCAAACAUCACUCCAUUUCAAAGUAAAAUAUUCUACCCAUGAUUUGAUUUAUCGACUCUUCGGUUGCCACUUAGCAAUUGCCCAGAAAGCGGGUAUAUUCCUGAGGACAGUGAGAACCUCACCUAGGGAAACCCUGUGUGUGUGUGUGUGCAUGCGCGUGCGUGCGUGCGUGCGCGCGCGCGAGUGCGCGUGUUCCGAGUAUUUCCAUGCGUUCACGUGUGAGCAUAUUGCAUGCAUAUCAGAUCGCCAAAGUCGGGUUCUGUUUACCUACCUGUUAGCUCUAUGGUGCUUGUCUGCCCUGCAGAACUAGAGCGAUACAGACCAGAUUGACGAAGCUUUGAAGACAAGGGUGUGCGUAUCUCACUUGCUCUGUUUGCAUCAACACUGCUGGAAUUUUAGUGGUCUUUGUGUAAUUAUUGAUGGCUUUUGAAAACUGUCUCUGCCUCUCUUAAAUUGUUUAAACAGUAUGGCCCUGUUAGGUGUGUUACAUUUUUAUUUGGACCAGGCAUAUGAAAUGCCUCUCUGGAAUUCACUGAAGGGUGUCUCGGAACUCCAGCUCAGAUCUAGAAAUGGAGUCAAGUAGACCCACCACGAGUUCAACCUCCUUGCCUGGGCCAUGGAAUAAUGGGAUUCUUUGGCAAUGUUACUAGAGAGGGAGGGCACAGUUGGGAAAGAGGAGGCAGCACCUACCCCAUCACUUGAGAAUUGGGGAAGGGUCUCUACAGACUCCUCUCAACCUCUGAGGUUAGACAAGCUGUUCUGGGUAGACUGGCCAAAUGAGGGGACCUGCUUCAAGCCUUCCGGGAGAUGAUGCUGAGUCACUGGGAAAGCCUUGUAAGAAAGGAUCACUGUUUAUCUAUAAUUUAGUUCCCUGAAUAGAUUGUUAUGGGGCGAUUGGUUAGAAAUUGUCCCAAGGACCUGUGGGGAGAGGGACUGUCCCCUUCUGCCUGAAGGCAGUGUGGUGCUGGUCUGGGCCCACGCCACCCUGGUGGGUGUCCUGAAGGGCAUGGAUGCUUGGCCUGGGCCUGGGCCUGUGCCAGUGCUCGUGCCCGUGCCUGUGCCCGUGCCUGUGCCUGGCUCCAGAGCUUUAUGCACGAGCUCUUUGGAGUCCCUGCCCUUUUCUGUUGAGCCUGUUCUGGGGGAAAGAUGAGAAGCCUUUGAGAAGUUAGUACCCAUGUCCUGGUAGGUCCCUCUGAAUAAUUGCUUUUGGAAGAGGACUCUUGUACCUGCUGACAGCCACUAUCUGUGCGUCUGUCCUUCCCUUCAGUCUGUCCAUGGAGGUGACAAUCACACAGACCCAUUUCUCCCUGUGCCUGGGAAGCGCCUUGGGGAAGAAGCCCAGCCUCUGGACACCACCUCCCUCUGCUGCCCUGCUGGCUCCUGCAGAGUUGGGGUGGAAGGAGAAAGGGGAAGAACAGUCCUUUGGGGCCCCUGAUCUUUCCUAAGACUAUCCUAAAGUUGCUGUCUUCAUUCUGUUUGUUGGGGGUGGGGGGACAUUGGGGUGCUGGCUGGGCCACUAUGUAAAGCAAUGUGUGUCUAAUUUAACGGAUGUACCACUUUUCUCUGCUAAUUGAGAGAGCAUUAUUUAUUUGUUUUGACACAAGUGCUUGCAGUGUUUCAUCCCAGCUAAUGGCUUCUUAAAGGUAAUAAAACCCUUCAACCUAAUUGGUCAGAUAAGACUUUUUCCUUGUAUGCUUAAAUAAAGCAAUUAGUGAAACGCUUCUA